CGAGCGGUCUGAUGUAUUCUCACCAGUUCAAAUAAUAUCCCAGAAAAACGUAUUUAUUACGGCAGUUGGCAGCAGAAGUGUUGAAGAGUGAGUCACUUUAAGACGAUUUUCCUUUACGAAGCGUGUCACCAAGAAAAUGAAGUGGUCCGUCAUCUCGUCACCAGCGCUACUGAUCCUGUAUUUGGUGACAUUCUCUUCUGCUGAGGAGUUAAAAAGGAAGACACCAGUCCACCUGAAGAUUCAAUUUACCUCGAUUUUAGACACUCCACCAUUUGAUUGUGCAUCACAUAGAUUAUGCCCUGAUAAUUUGGAAUGCAGUAUAUUUGACACGUGUUGUCAAAGGUGGCCUCCUUGGAGGUAUUCAUGUUGUCCUCUACCAAAUGCUGUUUGUUGCUAUGACCUAAAACAUUGCUGUCCGGAAGGAUACAUUUGUUCUCCUAUUGUAAAAGGGUGUAUACCUGAGCACAAAUCUCAGUUAUUCACUUUACGACGAUUUUCCUCUUCGAAGCGUGUAACCAAGAAAAUGAAGUGCUCCGUCAUCUCAUCGCCAGCGCUAUUGAUCCUGUAUUUGGUGACAUUCUCAUCUGCUGCAGAGUUAAAAAGGAAGACACCAGUCGACCUGACGGUUCCAUUUACCUCGACUAUAGACACACCAUCAUUAAAUCGUACAACAUGUAGAGUAUGCCCUGAUGGAGUGAUGUGCAGAAUGUUUGACACGUGUUGUCCAUGGAUGAGUCCUUGGGAGUAUUCAUGUUGUCCUCUACCAAAUGCUGUUUGUUGCCCUGACCUUGAAAAUUGUUGUCCGGCAGGAUACAUUUGUUCUCUUGCUUAUGGAGGGUGUAUAUCUGAGCACAAAUUUCAUUAAUGUCAUUGACUAAAUACGAUGUUUCGGCACUUAUUAUCGGGUGAUAAUUUGACUGAAUACAAAGCCAAUCCCUCUUUACCUUGACAAUCAGUCGGGUAAAUUUAUAAGGCGUUGAAAAUAUUAAAAGCUGGAAAUAAAGAAGGAAUACAUAAAAAAACAUAAGCAUUCUA